CAUGGGAUUGUUCUGGCCCACUUUUAGGUGUCAAAAAUGGGUCACUGAGAUACAGAACACAUUAGUGUGACAAUUUCAGCCUGAAGGGACAGAGCUGUCUGAGAAGUGAUGCCUGUUAGAGUGUGAAAGUCAGGGCUUUUAGGUCAGCUCUUCUGAUCAAUGGGCUGGGUGCAGGCGUUGUUCACAGCCUCUGCUUGGAGCACAGGGGAGUUUGGGUUUACCUCAUUCUUUUUCUGAGUGGGAAGGACAGAAUUUGAGCAUUGACUUUUUCAGGAGGAAAAGAAAAAGCCUUCAAGAGCUGUGGGAUUGCUUGGGGAGAGCUCAGCAAUGGUGCAUCUCCUGGCUGGGGUCUGAGCAUUCUCCUGGUCCUGCCCUGCAUUUUAUCUCCUCCAUCACCUCUGAGGCCUGGUGUAUGCUGAGACCUCUAAUAUCUUGUGUCCCCUAGACAACAGAAAGCCAUAAAACCAUACAGAAAGUAUCUUGGGUUGUGUUCCUUGUGCUGGCUGAUAGCCUGGGGAGGUCCAGAAAGGAGGAUACUCAUGGGGAGGGGAUCACCAGUGCCUUAGUGUGGGAAACUUUCCUGAACACCUCCAGGUUGGGAGCACUCCUCUGUGAUGUGACCAUGUCGUUUAUGGGUGAGGCUGAUCUUCCUUAUGGCUGUUUGAGGCAGCAGAACUGCAUGGAUAAUUCCUGUUACCUGCAUGUGACACCAGCAGGAAUUAGCCAGGACUUGCUGCAGGAAGAGUUGUGUUGAUCAUGGACAGUGAAGAAAUCCCUACUUUCUCGAGUCCAAAAGAGGAAACUGCAUAUUGGAAAGAGCUUUCCUUGAAGUACAAACAAAGCUUCCAGGAGGCCCGUGAAGAGCUGGCUGAAUUCCAGGAGGGAAGCAGGGAAUUGGAAGCUGAGUUGGAGGCACAGCUAGUGCAAGCUGAGCAGAGGAACAGAGAUUUGCAAGCAGAUAACCAAAGACUGAAGUAUGAAGUGGAAACAUUAAAGGAGAAACUGGAGCACCAGUAUGCCCAGAGUUACAAGCAGGUGUCGUUGUUGGAGGAUGACCUGAGCCAGACAAGGGCCAUCAAAGAUCAGCUGCACAAAUAUGUGAGGGAGCUGGAGCAGGCCAACGAUGACCUGGAACGUGCAAAGAGGGCAACAAUAGUUUCAUUGGAAGACUUUGAACAAAGGCUGAACCAAGCUAUUGAGAGAAAUGCAUUUUUAGAAAGUGAACUGGAUGACAAGGAGUCAUUGCUGGUUUCUGUACAGAGAUUAAAGGAUGAAGCAAGAGACCUACGGCAGGAGCUGGCUGUGAGGGAAAGGCAGCAGGAGGUGACCCGGAAAUCAGCACCCAGCUCCCCCACUCUGGACUGUGAGAAGAUGGAUUCAGCUGUCCAGGCCUCUCUCUCCUUGCCAGCUACACCUGUUGGAAAAGGAUCAGAAAAUAGUUUUCCUUCCCCAAAAGCUAUACCAAAUGGGUUUGGUACCAGCCCACUGACUCCUUCAGCUCGAAUAUCUGCACUCAACAUUGUGGGAGAUCUGCUACGGAAAGUGGGGGCCUUAGAAUCCAAAUUAGCUGCUUGCAGGAAUUUUGCAAAGGACCAGGCAUCACGGAAAUCCUACAUUUCAGGGAACAUCAACAGCGCAGUGAUGAGCAGCAACAGCACAAAGUACCCACACCCAGGGCACACGUCCUUCUUCGACAAGGGGGCAGUGAACGGCUUUGAGCAAGGGCCCCCCGGCCUGGGGGGCUCCCGCCCGUCCUCGGCACCGGGAAUGCUCCCGCUGAGCGUAUGAGCCCUCAGGGUUUGGACUCGGAUGCUUUUCUCAGCCCACCUCGAGAAGAACUGCUCCCGAUUCCUCCCCAUUCCCACCCUGCUGGAACAUGGCCCUGAGAGGAGGCUCCGGGCCCACGGCCCUCCAUGUCCUGUCAAUACAGUUUGUUUUCUGCUGUUGCUGUAGUGGACGUUCUCUGCCCCGGCCCCACGAGCUGCCACCCUCUGCUGUGCUUGGGGACGCCGAGUUCUGCUCUGCCUGGGGGACAGGCCUGGCCUCACCCCCGGGCUUUCCUUCUCUCUCACUUAGGUCUGACAGAGCCUUGGCCGCUCCUCUCACAAGGCUACCCUGUCCCUGUCCCCUCCCAGGUCCUGCAGCUGCUGCUCUCAGACUUGGUGAAAGUGCCCCGGCUCAGGCCAGCGGUGGCCCUGGGGCCAUUAGCACGUGGGAGCCGGCCCCAGAGGCUGUCUCAGGGGCAGCUGCAGCCAUGGCAGUCAGAGCAGGGCUGGGAGAGCAGCUCCAUCCCCUCGGGACAGCUGGACACACACGGUGACCAGGCUCCUCGGUGGCAGUGCCCUGGGGUGACCGUGGCAGCCUGCCCUGGUGCAGGGAGGGGCAGUGCUGUGGCCAGGGGCUGUGCCCUCAGGUGCCCCCAGGGCUGCCCCACAGCUCCCUGGCCCUGCUGGACUUGGCCUCCGUCCCUCACCCCACACAGUGACCCCAUGGGAGCUUUAGGAAGCUGCUGCUGCUCCCCCUGGCCCCAAGAACCCCCUGCCCAUCCACCCCCUGUGCUGUAGGACUGGAUUGUACAGCCUCACCUGUGGGCUUCUGUGACGGUUUGGGGCAAAUGAACCUUGUGGGUCUUUCAAGCAACACAUUUGUGUGGUUUCUCUGUCCAUGUGCCUCAGACUCCUUGGAUUUUUAGACUGAACCAGCAAAUGGAGCCAGGGUUGGAGCUGAGGGUUCAGCAGUCACCAUUCAGGGCCACUGCAGCUCCCAGACCAUUGAGUUACAAAUGCUGAGAAAAAACCCCACUGGCCCAGCAGUGGAGGUGGGAUUGUCCCUUUGCCAUUAGGGUUUGUAUGGUCCUUCCUUCCUGUGCAUCCUCUGCUGCAUUUGACUGUUUACAUUUGUUUUAUUGUACAUAGAUUUGUAAACAUGAUACCUUUGCCUGAGGUCUUUGUACAUAACUUGGGCUUUGUAGCUUUAUUUAUGCAGCCUCUCUCUGGCAUGUUUCCAUAGGAUGUACCGUUCCACCCUGGUGCCACUGACAUGAUGUGGUUUCAAAAGAAUGAAAACAAAUGAGAGUAAUCUUCCAAAAAUA